CACGCCAGUGCAGGACCGCCCGCCCGGCUCCUCCCCGAACGCGGGGCCAGUGGUCGCGUCCGAGAAAGCGCCAGGCUAGGCCCCGACUUCCCCGCCUCGCGUCACUCAGCACAUCCAACAGCGCCCCUACCGCGGAGAGAAGGCUCUUUAUUUCCUAGCCGGUCACGGGCUAGCGGGGCAUCCUGGGACUUGUAGUCUCCGCUACAGUAGAAAGGAGAUGGAUCGAAAGGGGAACUGGGGCACUCCUGAAUUGGAUUCAGGGAGUUGGCGUGUGCAGGGUCCGGGAUUUGGAGUGGAUGGGAUUAUGAAAGGUGGACAGAAAAGAAAAGUGCGAUGAGGCAAAUGUGAAGCUGUAUGGGGAGGUGACAGGAAGAGAGGAUAUGGAUGGAAGGGAGAAAGCAGCUUUUCAGGGUGGUGAGGUGAGAAUAUAUUCUCGUCCAGGUGUAUCUUCCCCUAACAAGGAAGGAACGAAAAAAGGGCCUGCUCUGAGUGAAAACUGAAGGCACUCCCGGACUUCCUAUUGGACUCGAAGGAUCCCAGCAAGCUUCUGAGUUUGGUGGGGUGGGAUGCAGGAAUGUCUGGAGAGCAUUCUCUCAGGGUGGAAGGAGAGCAGCACGUGUCUGUUCCCGCUGUCCCGCCCUCUCAUUUGCUCCUGUGCUGGCCACCGUGGGACCAUUCUCCAAACCAGGAACCUCUUCCAACUCAGAGAAGCCCUGAAAACCAGAGACAGGUGUGAGCAAAUUGUAGAGCUCCACAGCACCUGUUGCCUUCAUUAGCAGCUUUUCCUCCUCUUCCCUGCACUUCCCAGAACCAAAGAAUGUGAAGGGGGUCCAUGGAGGGCUCACGUCCCCGCGCCCCGAGCGGCCACUCAGCGCCGUCGCCGCCGGCUUUCGACGGCGAGCUGGAUCUGCAGCGAUACUCCAACGGGCCAGCCGUGAGCGCAGGGUCGCUCGGGAUGGGAGCGGUGAGCUGGUCUGAGAGUCGUGCAGGCGAACGGCGCUUCCCCUGCCCUGUAUGCGGGAAGCGCUUCCGCUUCAACUCUAUCCUUGCUUUGCACCUGCGGGCGCACCCAGGCGCCCAGGCCUUCCAGUGCCCUCACUGCGGCCACCGCGCGGCGCAGCGGGCUCUGCUGCGCUCGCACCUGCGCACACACCAGCCCGAGCGCCCACGUAGUCCUGCUGCACGCCUGUUGCUGGAGUUGGAAGAGCGCGCGCUACUACGCGAGGCCCGACUGGGGAGAGCCCGAAGCUCAGGGGGCAUGCAGGCCACCCCUGCCACUGAGGGUCUGGCGCGGCCCCAGGCUCCUUCAUCUUCCGCCUUCCGUUGCCCCUACUGCAAAGGCAAGUUUCGCACCUCGGCGGAGCGCGAACGCCACCUGCACAUCCUGCAUAGGCCCUGGAAGUGCGGCCUGUGCAGUUUCGGCUCCAGCCAGGAGGAGGAGCUGCUGCACCACAGCCUGACGGCCCACGGGGCUCCCGAGCGUCCCCUGGCGGCCACCUCCGCUGCGCCUCCGCCUCAGCCUCAGCCUCCACCCCAGCCCGAACCCAGAUCAGUCCCCCAGCCGGAGCCGGAGCCGGAGCCCGAACGUGAGGCAACCCCGACCCCAGCUCCUGCCGCUCCCGAGGAGCCCCCAGCGCCUCCGGAGUUCCGCUGCCAAGUGUGCGGCCAGAGCUUUACACAGUCUUGGUUUCUCAAGGGCCACAUGCGUAAGCACAAGGCCUCCUUCGAUCAUGCGUGUCCGGUGUGCGGCCGCUGCUUCAAGGAGCCCUGGUUCCUUAAGAACCACAUGAAGGUGCACGCCAGCAAGCUGGGCCCACUGCGUGCCCCGGGGCCUGCCUCCGGGCCUGCCCGCGCCCCCCAGCCUCCUGACCUCGGCCUGCUGGCCUAUGAGCCGUUGGGCCCAGCGCUCCUCUUGGCCCCGGCUCCCACCCCGGCCGAGCGCCGUGAGCCCCCGAGCCUCUUGGGCUACCUGAGCCUGCGAGCUGGCGAGGGCCGGCCCAACGGCGAGGGUGCUGAGCCCGGGCCCGGCCGCAGCUUCGGAGGCUUCCGCCCGCUGUCCUCUGCUCUCCCGGCCCGGGCUCGCCGGCACCGUGCGGAGGAGCCUGAGGAAGAAGAGGAGGUGGUGGAGGCCGAGGAGGAAACCUGGGCCCGGGGCAGGUCGCUGGGCUCUCUGGCUUCCCUGCACCCGCGCCCGGGUGAGGGACCGGGGCACUCUGCCUCUGCUGCUGGGGCCCAGGCAAGAUCGACCGCCACGCAGGAAGAGAAUGGGCUGUUGGUUGGAGGGACCCGGCCUGAAGGGGGCCGGGGCGCCACCGGCAAGGAUUGUCCUUUCUGCGGAAAAUCUUUCCGCUCAGCACAUCACCUCAAAGUGCAUCUGCGAGUGCACACAGGCGAGCGGCCCUACAAGUGUCCGCACUGCGACUACGCGGGCACCCAGUCCGGCUCGCUCAAGUAUCACCUACAGCGCCACCACCGGGAGCAGAGGAGCGGGGCCGGCCCCGGGCCACCCCCGGAGCCACCACCUCCUUCCCAGCGGGGUUCGGCCCCGCAAUCUGGAGCCAAGCCGUCUCCGCAGCCUGCGACCUGGGUGGAGGGCGCCUCAAGUCCCCGGCCUCCUUCUAGCGGUGCUGGGCCGGGGUCCCGUCGGAAGCCCGCCAGCCCUGGGAGGACCCUGCGCAACGGGCGAGGCGGUGAGGCCGAACCCCUGGACCUGUCCUUGCGGGCAGGGCCGGGAGGCGAGGCCGGGCCUGGGGGUGCCCUCCACCGCUGCCUCUUCUGCCCGUUCGCCACUGGAGCCCCAGAGCUCAUGGCCUUGCACCUUCAAGUGCACCACAGCCGCCGGGCUAGGGGCCGCCGGCCACACCAGGCUGAUGCGUCCCCGCCCUAUGCCCGAGUACCAUCAGGAGAGACCCCUCCCAGUCCUUCGCAGGAAGGGGAGGAGGGCUCCGGGCUGUCCAGACCCGGAGAGGCAGGGCUGGGGGGGCAAGAACGGUAGUGGGCCCUCAGGGGCAAUUAGCUUAGUGAGCUUACCCCGCCGGAGCGGGGGAGCGCUAGAGGUAGUUGGGUAGAGAAGCCAGCAGGGGGCAGCGUGGGACCCAUAUCCCAGCCCCAGGCGGACCAGAGGUGGAAGGGGCGGCGGGCGUAGGAGGGUGGGCUGGCGGUACCCACCCAGCCCAAGGGAGUCACAGUGCCUUAGAAGUGGCAGAGGUGAGGGUCAAAGAACGGGGUCCCUGGGCUGGCAGAGAAGGUUUGUGUCCCUGUUGAGGAGCCACUCUGCCAGUCUUUGCUGGUCCAUAGGCGUGAGAGUUUAUUUUUGUACAAGGGGUGAGGGUGGGGGGCACUGUACCCUUCUAGCCCCAUCAGGGGCCCUGUAGACGUCGCUAUUUUUGGUACGAUUCCUGUCAUCCCUAUUGCAGAGUCGUGUCCCCAAUAAACAGGUGUCUUGAGGCACAGG